CCGAUCAAAAAUGGCGGCGGUAAUCUGAAGGUCGGUUAUUUACAAUGUCUCAGCAGCGAAUUAUUAUCUGAAAACGCGAUCAUCGUGAAGUGAUGAAUCAUUCAAACUCGACGACUGGUUACAGAUCCUCAAGGCCCACGUUAUGUCGUUAUUACAAUACAAAUGGAUAUUGUUUCUACGGCGAUCAGUGCCAGUUUGUUCAUGCGAGGCCUUCUUCCAACGAAGGUCGAAUGGGGCCUGCCAAUAAUGGACAUGUUAUAAAUAAUGGUCCAAUGAUGAAUAACGGACCUGUUGGUCCCAAGGGGCUCAGAAGUGGAGGGUUCAAAAGCAACACAGCUGGUCUGCAUGACAACUUUGUUGGCAACAUGGCACAGUUGUCGAUUUCAACAAACAAGAUGCCUGCAGGUUCCCUUGGUGGGCACCUCUCUCCUCUUUCCCCAUCAAAGAAGGCAUUUACCUCAUCCCUGGCACCUGGAGGUCCUGUGUCACCACUGCAUUCUCCUAGCAAGCCACCACUUGGAUCACCAAAGGCACACCACAAUCCAAUCACGUCACAAGCAUUUGAAUUUUUACCAUCUACUGCAAACCAAAAUCUCCCCCAACCACAAAUACACAACCAGGCACAUGUUCCAGCUCCACAGCAGAUGGAAUCCAUUGGUGGAACAACCUACUUUUACACUCAACAAGGACAACAGCAGCCUGCUGUGCUUUUCCCAUCGUACCAGGCAUAUGUGUCAGAGCCUUCUCACCUUGCACAUCUUCAUAGCACUCAAACACGGAACAAUUCUUUCUCCAUGUCAACUCAAAUUCGACAGGAACUCAUUCACCAACAUGCACUAAGUAUGGCACAGCUUGACCCAGAUGAUAACACUGUGCCGCAGGAGGUUGACAGUUACCACACCCUGUGUCCAAUAGAACCCUUGGAUACCCCAACUGAGCAGGCACAAAGGACGUUUGGUUAUAUGACUACCUGCUACAAAGCCACAAAUUCUAAAGAUGGACUUAUUUACAUACUUAGAAGAAUACAUUCUUUUCGACUUGUAAAUACCAAGUCCAUGGCUCUUGUGGAUCAGUGGAAGAAAGUCAGCCACUCAAAUCUCGUCAGUCUCAGAGAAGUGUUUACAACAAAGUCUUUUGGAGAUAAUUCUCUCGUCUUCGUGUACGACUAUCAUCCUGGAGCCGAAACACUCCUUAUGAGGCAUUUUUCGGGUCCAGACUCCAAUCUCCCUGUGAACCCUGAUGGUACAUUAGUAUUUCCCUCACAUCCUCGUGCCGGCGGAAUGUUAAACAGACACCGGCCAGGUCACCGCAGUCCCAUGCCUGAACGGUUGAUUUGGAGUUACAUUAUUCAGUUGUCGUCUGCACUGAGAUCUGUUCAUGCAUCUGGACUGGCCUGUAGAGUCAUUGAUCCCUCCAAGAUUUUAUUAAUCGGAAAUUCAAGAUUAAGAAUAAAUGGUUGUGGGAUAUUCGAUGUUCUCAGUUUUGAUGCAAGUAACAGCCCGAAUGCUAUGAUUCCACAUUUCCAGCAAGAGGAUCUUACUUCCCUUGGUAAACUAGUCCUUGCCUUGGCGUGUUACUCUCUUCAAGCUGUGCAACGUGAACAUAUUCAACAGUCGUUGGAGUACAUGGCCAUGAACUACUCCUCAGAUCUUAAAAACCUUAUUAUCUAUCUUCUGGGCAGUCCUAUCGCAGCUCACAUGAAGAGCGUGAAUGACAUUAUGCCGAUGAUCGGAGCCAGAUUUUACACACAAUUAGACGCUGCGCAAGUCAAGUGCGAUGUUUUAGAGGGCGAGCUGGCUAAGGAAAUGGAGAACGGGCGCCUUUUCAGAAUUCUCUGCAAGAUUGGAAUCAUCAAUGAACGACCAGAAUUCACUAUGGAUCCAAGUUGGUCGGAGACUGGUGACCGAUAUCUUUUGAAGCUGUUUAGAGACUACUUGUUCCACCAAGUCACUGAAAAUGGUGCACCAUGGGUAGACUUGGCUCAUAUAGUUGCCUGUCUGAACAAGCUAGAAGCAGGGACAAACGAGAAAGUUUGCCUUAUGUCACGCGACGAACAGUCUGUGUUGGUGGUUUCAUAUCGUGAUCUGAAGCAGUGCUUCGAAGGCGCUUUCGGUGAAAUAAUCUCCGCUUCUCUGGCGUAAACACACCCCUAAUUUAAUCACAGAAACAAAGUGGUAGGUUUCUUAAUGGAAAAAAAAAGCAGUUAACAACAAAAAAAGCUCGCGUGGUACUCGUAAAGGAUUUGGAGUGAAAGGUACGCGUGCGUGGAUUGUGGGUGAGUUGCCCGCGGACAAAUCAUCUAUGUUCACUCCUUGGGUUAUUUUUAUCACAGCAACAAUAGAUAUUUUCUUGAUAUUCUCUUGAUAUUUUAAAAGGUUCUUAAUAAGAAGAUAGGUCACCGACGAUUCUCACUCGCCUUUUGUGUAUCGGUUCUUUAUACAAUUGAAACUAAUUUUGUGCGACAUCACUUUUCUUGAGGAGAAAUCUAAGAAGGACAACGUAAAAAUUCGUUUCCUACGCAGAUUCAACCACGAAUACAGAAGUGUUAUUUUACGUUUCAAGAUCAUUUCGGAUCUGAAAGCUGUCUUAGAUCACACGCGUCGAUUACAGGUAGCACCUAGAACCAAACGUGGAUUAACUGACUAAAUUAUCUUGGUUUUGACUUGUUAAUUAUUGUUUGCACUACGACGGAUUAAGCAAAUUUGCCAAUCAAACGCGCCUCGACAACCGCUGUAACAGAAUGGUGCUCCUUCUUUGAACGAUGGGUUGAAGUAAAAGCACAAGAAUUCACAGAUUUAUUCUUGUAAAAGUUCCUACUUUUUCACAUGAUAAUGAUUUAGUUUUGUGCAAACUUUUUAUGCAAUUUGAGUGCAGCGACUGGGCAGAUGUCUGUUGGGUGGCCUCGAAGUAAAAUUUUAGAACUGCGCCAGACGUCUUCAUCUAAACCACGAUUCUGUAAUUCAAUGGUCCAUCUGAUUGGCCAGAAAAAAUAUUGAAUAGGCCCUCAUUGGCUAGUUAUUGGCUAGACAAAUAGCUUGAAAACAUCGAGAAACUGCUAGUUUGUGCCAGGCUCGUGGACAGGGGGGACCAGGGAAAAAACGUGUUAGGGGGAGAGGCGAGGGUUUUUCCUCCUUUAGGUUUCCCCUCUACCGCCACUUUUCGCCAUUUUCGAUCUUAUUAUUUGAUCUUUACAUCUGACCGAGAAUCUGCCAAAGACCAGAAAAAUACUAGAUCGUUGCUCAUUAAAAAAAAAACAAACAACAAAAACAAAAAAAAAAACACGCAAAUGAGGAAUCUGAGAAUGGUGGAGUGGAAGCUUACACGUUCAUUUAGCAGCUGUAACAAAUGUGGCCUGAAGUUCAAAGGGGUUCCUGUACUGCCACUAUUGAAUAUUUCCUUCCUUGUGUUUGGUUACUUUUCGCUUGGAUUAACUUAAAAAACUUUAACUCUACUCUAACGUUGUAAAAUUAACUUGUAAAUAUCUCGUUUGGAGGUCAGGGAAAAUCUGAAAGCUGUAAUUACCUCUUUAUUGGUAUCUCGUUUAUACCUUUAUGUGUUUAAGUAAAGUAAAACAAUAUACAUACUGUAUAAAAUUCUAUCACUCGUGUAGAUACUGUGCAAUUGUACAGCAGCGUUUUGCAUACUGUAAACGUAUUUUUCAAUAUUUAUAGUUAAAGGAAGAUUAGCUACGGUUUUUAAUGAAUUAUUUUCAAAAUCAAAUAUUUAGAUCCUUUUUUUAAAGGACCUUUAAAAAGAAAUUCGAUAUUUAUGAUGUCGAGUUUGCACAAGAGUGACAUACCUUCUACGAGAAUUCUAGAUGCAAGUCAAAGUAAGAUUUAUUUGAGAUAUUAUUAUUAAAAUGAAAAGUCUUCAAUAAAGAAUUGUUUGAACGUUA